AUGAAAUUCAAAAAAACAUUAUCCAGUAAUAUAAUAAGUCAUUGGGAAGAUAGAUACAUUGAUUAUGAAUAUUUAAAAUCGUUUAUGAAACUGGAGAAUUGGAAGAAUUCAACGAUUUUAUCGAAUGAUGAUAGACCUUAUCUUGGUCAGUCAAGUAGUUCAUUGUAUCAAUUGGAUGCUUCACAGAGUAUAUAUGGAUCGAGAACAACUCUGAUCAACAAAGAUGAAAGGGAAGAUAGUUCUACUCUUACAGAAGUAUUUUCACCACUCCAACUAUCUACUGAUGAAAUUCCAACCAUAAUAAUAGAUAAACUCAAUCAAAUACAAUCGAAUCCAGAUAAAUCUUCAGACUCUGAUUCAACUUGUGUUGAAAUGGAAAUAUUUGGUAGCGAUUCAAACUAUUGCGAAUCAGAGAAUCAUCAUAGUAUUCCUCCUUUGGAUAGUGAUUUCAUUGAUAGUAUUAUUCGUCCAAAUGUCUUACCAAUGGUUACACCAUCACCAUCACUUAUUAAACAAUCAAAUAAAACAGAAUCUUCACCUAAUAAUUCAAUACAACCUAACAAUAAUAAUAAUAAUAAUAAUUCAUUACAAACCUCAUCAUCUUCACAAACUUGUAGUUCUGCAUCGACAUAUUCCUCUUCCAACGAUAUUUUUAUAACCCCACCUCUGUUAGAUGGUCAAAAUUCACACCCCCAUCAAAAAUCAAAAUCUUCACUUUUUCAAGAAAUUUCAUUGACAAUGGAAGAUGAUGAAAGUAUCAAUUUCCAGAGUGCGAUCACUAGAGAAAUUGAUAAGAUUCAAAUUUUCUAUGAAUCAAGAUUAGAAAAAUUUAAAAACAAAUCCAUAGAGUUAUUUAAUUUAAUAUCUUUUAUUAAAUCAAAUUGGGAAUUUGCAACGAAAAGUAAUUUGAAAUUCAUAAAAAGUGGUUACAAAGAUAAUCAUUAUUGUCUUUCAUUGCUAUCUACUUUUAGAGAAACCAACAAACUUGGAUUUGACAAGAUUUUAUUAAAAUAUACAAAGUUUAAUCCAUUAGUUGCAGAUAGAUGUAAAGAAUAUAUAGAAAAGAAAUCUUUUUAUUCUGGAGAUGAAUUGGCUUUGUGUAUUUCGGAUAUCAAAAUUAAAUAUGCAAAGCACUUCACUGGAAAGGAUGUGAAGAAAGCAAAGAAGGCAAUGAAGAGUCCAACACCUGGAAAUAACAGAAAAUUAGUUUUCUCUGUCGGUAUACUCCUUGGACUUUGUCUUUUAUUCUUUGCGUUGAUAGUGUAUUCCUACAAUCUUUACUAUCCAAAGAAUGAUCCACCGGCAAAUGCACCUUUGGCUUGGUUAUUAUUUAGAAUCUCAUUGCUUCCCAUCAUGCUUGGUACCUUCUUUUCUCUACAAUCAUUUAUUUGGGAAUUGACCGGUAUCAAUUAUGUAUUCAUAUUCAAUUUGAAACCAAAGUACUCCAGAUCAUCAUUAAAACAUUUCCAGAUCGGUUUAGCUUUUAUUUUACUUUGGUUAUUAUGUUUCUUUAUGUAUAUAGAAAGUACAACUGAUCAUACAAUGAUAAAAACAAAGAGUUUUCCAUCAUUGGUUUAUCCAAUUUUGUUUUUAUUCAUUUCAAUAUUAGUUGUAUUCAAUCCACUCCCAAUUUUAGCACACAAAACAAGGUUUUGGGUGAUUAAAAGAAUUUCAAUGGUACUACGAGCACCCUUUGUUCCUGUUACCUUUGCAGAUUUCUUCAUGUCUGUUCAACUGCUCACUUUGGCAGAGUUCUUUUUCAAUAUUCAAUCAAUGGUGUGUAUUUUCAACUACAGUUCAUUGUUACCAGAUGAAAUUGAUUUCUGUAAAGAGUCAACUUUCUGGGCUUUACCAUUGUUGAAUGCCAUUCCAUUUUACUUUCGUAUAAUGCAAUGUUUCAGAAGAUACUAUGAAACCAAAUGUUUUUUUCCACACAUCACCAGUGCAAUAAGAUCAAUAUUCUCAAUUAUAAUCUUAGUUUUAAAUUAUUUUGCUUUAAGAAUUAAACAUGAUACUACUUGGAAUGUAAUUAGAGGAAUUUGGUUUGCAGUCAAUAUCAUUGGUAGUUUCUAUAAAUGGGCCGCAGACAUGACUGUAGAUUGGGGAUUCUUUUGUGAUUUUCAUACCAAUAAAGCUUAUCCUUUGAGAACAAAUUUACAUUUCAAAAGGAAAUGGAUUUAUUAUAUGGCAAUUGUUUAUGAUUUUAUUCUUAGAUAUGCUUGGUUAUUUGUAUUCUUGGUUAGAAACAGUACUUCACAUAGAUUGGAUGCACCUAUAUUUUUAUUCUUCUACUCAAUGGGAGAAGUGGUUUGGGCAACUCAGUUUAUUUUCUUUAGAGUUGAGUUUGAACAUGUUCAAACACCUGACAAAUACAGUUUGUUUGUGGAUCCACCAAUUCCAUUCAAAGAAGAGUUUAACAAAUAUGUUUUAUUAAAAGAAAAUUCUUUAAAAUCUAAAGAAAAAGAGAUAAUAAAUAAUAAUAAUGAUCAAUAG